AUGGCUACACAAGUGGACUCUGCUCGCAGUUGGGCAGUGGCUGUGGCCUGUUGUUGGAUUAAUGGGUUCAUCUUGGCCCUGGUGAGGUCAUCGGCUGUCAUCUAUGUAGGAACUCUGCACGCAUUCGACGUUGACAGGCAACAGGCCUCUUGGCCCAUAACGUUAACGGUGGUCUGCAAUUGCUUUGGCAAACCGCUGGCCGGUGUGCUGGCCAGAUACGUGAGCAUCUGGAAGGUAACACUCAUCGGCUGCAUCAUGGCCUCCUUUGCUGUCUGCGUGUCCUUUCACGCCACGAACAUUAUCUUUCUGGCUGCCUUCCUAGGUGUCGUACAAGGAACGGGCGUUGGAUUGACGGGGCUUCAUCCAGUGGUCAUCAACCAGCACUUCCACCGGCAUCGGGCCACAGCCUCAGGCAUCAGCGCUGCUGGGUUCACUAUAGGCGGCCUCAUAUUUCCUCCACUGGUUCAAGCACUACUGCAACAAUAUGGCUUCCGUGGAACACUCCUCAUCAUUGGUGCUAUCAUGCUUAACGCGGGUGCUGGAGCAUUCAUGCAAGGAGAUCCACCUAAACAGUCAAUUCUUCCUAGUCAGUCUGACAUUCAGCCUACAAAACCAUCGGGAUCCACGUCGUCCCCAAUUGCACGAAACGGCACAGCAAUCAAAGCAGAUGGCACGAAUCGAAUACUGGACGAGCCUGGAAGAAAAUGUUUAAAAUAUGAUGGGAUUAUUACGAGGGAACCUGAAUAUGAGCAUGCUCUACUGCAUGACCAUGAGGCCUUGUUCCACAAGAGGGAUAGGACAGAACAAGACGACGACCAGCAACAUUGCAACACUCAUUUUGACAGCAAGGGAGACAUUUCGAGGAUGUCAUACGAGAUGAAACAAGCAACCGAUAGAAAGACCCACAAUGAACUGUCCGAUGUCACAGAGCCGUUUAUGGAAAAAUCGAUGAACAACAACGGUCAACUGAAGACGUCCUUUUCCCCUCCUUGUACGAAGCCAGACUAUUUCCUGUCCUUCCUCUUCAAGCUAAAGUUCUAUCUGAUCGCGAUGUCUUUCGCACAGAUCCUGAACUGUAUGGUGUCUUACAUGACUGUCAUCGUGGACUUCGCCGCAGACCGUGGCGUGACGCGAUGGUACGCCGUCUUUCUCAUAACCACCUAUAACAUCAGUGACCUCGUGGCGAGACUCGGGUCUGGUUGGAUAACGGACAAAGGUUACCUCUCACGCAGUGCAGUGAUGUCGCUUCACCUUUUCGUGUGGGGUGCUGUCCAAUACAUGAUCCCGGCGUGCGACGACUUUUACUACCAGGUGAUGAUGGCUGUGAUGUGUGGAUGGUGUACGGGAUGCACCAUCAUAUUGGUGCCGGUGCUUUUCAUGGAACUUGUGGGUAUCGACAAACUUGGUGUAUGCUACGGAAUGGCCACCCUACUAGCGGGAUUUUUAGGGUUCGCAAGACCACCGUUAAUAGGUUACUACAGAGACGCCCUAGGAGACUACGAGGGCUUGUUCAAUUUAUUCGGCGCGCUCUCCGCGUCCAUAGCAUUUUUGUGGUUGUGCAUUGCUAUCUGGGAAAGGUGUAAGUGCCGAGAGAUUGUCAAACGGUUCCGAAAUAUGUUGUCGUAUUUUGCACCCCAACGUAGUACAACGCCGAAGGGGUCAGUCUACUGAUCUGCGUAUGAUUUCUAUUCAGGAGGUUGAGUAUCGCGACAACGACAAGUGUAAUGUAGGCAGGCUCAUCUGCAUGAAGCAGGGAAGAAAAACAAUACCGACCAUGAUAAUGAUAAUAAUUCGUGGCUUCACGUCGAGAGACAACUGUGAUCAUGGGUUGUCGUACUCUGGGUUCGAUAUGUCCACCUCUUGGUAUAUCGAGGCUCAACACGUCACACAAGUACGCCACUAAAAGUGUAGUUCUCGGAGAGAAGAUCUGCUGGAUCGUAAUCACGUCGCAAUUUGCUUUAAGCAUGGUUUCCUAAGACGAAGAUCAUCCAUCGCCAAGUUCAAGGCUACGUUCAAGGCUGUAAGGAUACACAAAGAGUCCCCUGGAUCCUGUGAACGACGCCUUCCACCCUCUUCGUCAUGUACUGUUUUACUUGCAACAAAUACUUGCGAUACUGUGCAUAUUGCGACACCACUAGCCUUCAUGUGCACCUCGUCAUAUUUGCCUCAAUAAUUCGUGCUGGACUUCACAGAACGUACACAGCCCUUGGCGCUCCUAUUGUGCAUCCCACUUGAUGUCAUCGACAGCAUCAGCGGAACUAUGGUACAGCUUCUAUGCCAAUGCCGCCUAGAUAUAGGAAGCCUGCUUAGUGCCCCUUCACUCAUUCGCCAUGCGGAUACAGAGCCGCCAUGUCCUCUAAUCCAGAUAAAAUCGCCGCAGACGACACACAUGUAUACUCUCUGCGGCUACCAGUGGCUGCCACGUCGUUGAAGCGGCCAGCGUUCCUUGUCAUUUCGCCUGCGCUUCUGCUGUUCUUCGCCUGCGCUGCGUGAGAGGCCGUUGAAUGGUCAGAGGAGUGUCCACAGCCACGUCGCAGAACCGCGUUGACUUCGCCUAUCACCAUAUAGUAACAGGCGGGCCACGUGGUACGCUUGGCGGGGUGACCACUAAAGAGCCGUUCCCUGGCCAGCCCGUGUGCCUAUACGAUUGUCCGCGUUGUACACGCUUAAAAAUGAACUUCACCACAUAGCACGCUC